AUGGCGCGUUUGCCUUUUGCCGCGAGUUGUCUGCGACGGCACGCACGUGGCGGCGGCGGCGGCAGCCUGACGGUGAAGGGCCUUAACCGCUUUGAGGGCGACAUUCCGAUCAGCCUCCAGCCUCCCCCGUCUUCGGCGCCGGCGUCAUUGGAGCCUCCGCAGCGGGGCGCCUAUAAAACUACGCGUCGCUCGGCGUACUCCGUGCUCCGGAACCGCAACACUCCCCCGGGCGUCUGUGCGCAGAACCUCAUCCUCCCCAAGGAAGCGCUCCCCGCGCCAAGGCGCAACCGCUGCUGCUGCGCCGCGCUACUUUACCGCGUGCCGGAGCAGGAGCAGGAGCCGGAGCCGGAGGAUUCCUCGCUUGCCUUCUCUCGCGUCGAGGAGGACCGGGAGCGGGACGACUUUGUCUUUGCGCUGAAACUCGCUGCCGUGGAGCAGCCGUUACGAGACCUCUUGGGUGCGGCGAGGUACGAGGCCCUGGUUGGACCCGCGUUGGCCCAGGCGCAGCAAGUCGGGCUUUGCGAGGGAAUUUCGCAGCUGGAGGAGGCUGAGGGGGAGGGGACCGGCAAAGGCUCCUGGGUGGCGCGCCUUCUGCUCACGCCUGAGGAGGACAAUCGCGUCAAGUGGCUCCACGAGGACGGGGACCUCUCCUCCGCCGCCUUCGCACGACUCCCUUCUUUCCGGUCGAUGUAUGUCGCGUACCACGCCGGCGAGGGGUACCGACUUGACAUGCGACAAUUCGAGGCCAUCGAGGCACGCAUGAAGGAAAACGGCACGGAUUGGGGCAUGUCGGAUGCUGCUGUCGUCUAUUUUUUUGCGAUGUACAGCGAGGAGCUGCGGCCGUACUUUUGCCAUGUGGUGAGGGACGUCCUGCUUGCAACUGAGGAGGAUCCAUCCAAUGCGGUGGCAGACGUAGCGCCGAGCGCCAACCUGCGACACGUGCUUGGGGCCAUCUUACUUUUGCAGUUUUUUGGGCUGCUGCAGCGUGAGGCCGACGGCGUUGCUGGUCAUGUGGCGAACCCUCCCACCUACUUAUUUGCGGCCGCCACACAGCUUUUCGCGCUUGCCGCGGCUUUCCCGAACGCGGGUGGGAUUGCUCAGGUGGUGCGCGUUGUAGCUGAUAGUUGUCGCGCGAGUGUCUUGUUAUUGGCGGCCACGUACGAUGUUCCCGCGGACAGCCCACAGCUGCCGGACUUCACGCUCUGGCUGCUGAGGGAGGCUCCCAGUUGCCACAUGUGCCACCACCAUUUUCGUCAAAUGGUGCAGCACAGCCAGGCUGACGCAAUUGGUCUCUUGGAGAAAAGUGGUCUUCUCUCGGCGAAGUCCACUGAACUUCGUGUCGUGAUGGCGCUCCUCCUGCCCCUCCUCGACAGCAGUGGCCAUGAGGAGUUUUUCAUUCUUGUCAUCCGUGAGGUGCUGAUGGGGCUGGAGGAGCGCCUCCGCCGCGACCCCCACUCCUUCUCAAAGGAAGACUUGAGCUCUUUGGCGGCCCUUGGUGCACGUCUUUUUGACACACAGCAGCAGGAAACUCAGCGGCCGCAGCGCAGCACGGGCACCUACGACACGGCGGCGCGUGAGCAGCUGGAGGAGCUGCAGGUGAUGGACGGCAGUCCGUGGGCCCUGGUGACCUUCUCGUACAGUCGCCUAAAGGAAAUUCUGCGGGCGCUGCUGCGGGAUCAGCGGCGGCUGAAGAGGCAGGUUCAGGCGCAGAUGCGCACCAUUGUGGAGGCGGUAACGGCCGACGCGCGCAGUGACGAGAGACAGGGCCGUGCUUCGCCCCGCGAAGGUGGCGAUGCCGCCCCUUCUUCUUCUUCUGCUGCUGCUGAGGAGGAGGAGGAGGUGGGCAGAGGCGCCGCCGCCGCCGCCGCCGCAGCGACGGAGGGCGACGGUGGUGGCAGUGGCCGUGGGGACGGUGGCGUGAGGAGUGCGUCGUCGUCCUUGCGGAUUUCAACGCCAGCUUCUCUUCGGGAGCGUUUCGUGGCCUUUGUGGAGAAGUUGAUCAAGGCCCUCGUGGACGAAACGGGGGCCAACCAGCAGAGCUCAAGGGUUGUCAGCGAUGAGCUCUUUGCUUUUGUGGAACAGCAUGUGCCGCUACCCAACAUCCACGACGAGUACCGGCGCAAACUCUUUCUUCUUGUAAAUGUCUUCACCGAGGGCAAGCACCCGAGAGAGGCCAAAACCGACGGCGACGGCGACCCGGGCGACAACGCCGACGAAAUCCCGGCCGAGUUGCGUCGGCUCGUCACCUCUCUCCCCCUCACGCUGUCGCCGUGGGCAGGCGUGGUGAUUCUGCGCGAGGUGCUGAGCGAGUCGGCGGGGAACAAUCCCAGGUACACGUACGUCCUCAACGCGGCGAUAGACCUCCAGCUUCCCAUCUCCACCACGCGCUCGCGGAUUGCGACGACGCUCAACAUGUGGAGGUUUCUUACCUCGCAGGCGGAAAAGCUCACCUUCAACGAGCAGGUGCGGAUGAAGCAGCGCUGCGUUUUCAAUCUGCCCCUCUCGUACAUCCUCUCCUCCUACUGGUCGCUUUUAACGUGGCUCGCGUUGCUGGCGAUAUUCGGCUUGAACGUCGUGGGGAUGGACUUUGAGUCGCAGUACGUGGCCACACGCCUCUUUCGGGAGUUUGCCCCGCCGGAGGAGGUUCUGCCGCCCGUGGCGGAGGCGUGGAACAGGGCGGGGGCGGAGGAGCUGGCCUCCGCCUACUUCGAGGACGCCGGGCCGGGCGGCAACGGGGCGCCCCACCAGCGGCAGCGGCAGAGCUCGUCGGAGCUGCUGUUGUCCUCGGCGUCGUACAUUUUUCUCGGCGAGGAUGACCAGCGCCGCCCCAUGACCGUCGUGUCCAUCGGCGGCAGCGCGGGUCAGGGCGCCGUGGAGCGCGCCACCGAGGAGCUCGCCUGCGCCUCUGCGGUGCUGCGGGAGUUCUCGCGGCAACUUCCCUUUCCGUUUUUCCUCCAGAUGGAGAAGGAACUUUCCAUUGAGCUUAUUGUGUCGCGCGUGGCGGAGCGCAUCCGCCGCGUCUCCUUUAACAACGCAUGGUUUGUCAGCCGCGUCAUUUUCAGGACCUUCCCACUCGGCCGCUACCACACGGAGUACUCGCUGGUUUCACACACCUGUGCCCAGGCCAACCUGACGCGUCGCCGCAUGACAUUUCUGCUCUACAUUAACCCGGGCGUGACACUUCCCCCGCAGCUGCUCUUCCGCCUCCGCGAGAGCGUCCUGGCGCAGAAAGGGAACCUCGUUGUGGUGGCGCACGAGGACAGCCUGAAGAAGGGCGGGGCCACACCGGCGGUGCUUGCGCAACUCAGCGAGAGCGGCUCGGUGCGCUGUAUUCCGUAUAACAAGCGAUGGGCGACACUUGCCGCGUAUGGUGCCCCACCGCCCAGUGCGAUUAAGAAGUACGGCGCGGAGGCCCUGUCGUGGUGUAGGGGCGCGCUUUCUAAGUGCGUCGCCGAGUCCCUUGUGGUGCUGCAGGCGGUGCGAGAACACCUCGUGCGGCUGGGCUAA